AUGUCAAAACCAACCUUCGUCAUCGUGCACGGCGCAUGGCAUCGACCAGCCCACUUUGAGCCGCUGAUGACAGCCCUCAACCGGCACGGCUACAGGGCCGUCGCGCCCGCGCUGCCGUCAGUGCACAAGGCACCCACCGAGAUCGUGCCAGACCACCACGAGGACGUCGCAGCCGUGCGACAAGCCAUCCUGGACGAACUCGACGGUGGCGCCGACGUCAUCGUCGUCCCGCACAGCUACGGCGGCAUACCCGCCUCGGGCGCCGUCAGGGGUCUCGACCGCCAGAGCCGGGCCGCGGCCGGAGGACACACAACGGCCGUCGUGGCCAUCGCGGCCAUCACCUCGUUCAUCAUCCCGGCGGGCACGAGCAUCGUGGACACGGAUCAGCACGAGCGCCCAACCGUGCCGGACAUCCUGGCCCCGCCGCCCGCGGAGCUCUUCUACCACGACCUCCUCCCCGCGGCGGAGAGCGAACGGUGGUCGGCCCUGCUCAACCCCAUGUCCAGCCACGCGCUAUUCGACACCUGCACCUUCAGCGCCUACACUGCUUUACCCAUACACUACCUCAUGGCCACCGACGACCGCGCCAUGGACUUCGCCAAGCAGGAGCGCGUCGUCGCCCGUAUGCGCGCCGCCGACGGGGCCGUCCUGCCAAUCCGCACAGAGGUCCUGCAAGGCUGCGGCCAUAGUCCUUUCCUCAGCAGGGUCGAGGAGACGGUGGCCUUUCUGCGCCGGAGUGCUGGUGAGGACGUCCCCGAGGGGACGCCCGAGGUUUGA